ACAAAAAGUCUCCAGCAUUAGGAAGAAAGGAUCAAGAGAAGGAGCCUGAUGCAUCUCCCUUACAGCCAGCAGGAGUGAACCAGAGAGAACCUGGAGGUCAGGGUGGAGAGGUCGUCACAGAGAAAGUUGUAGACAUUUCAACAACUGAGUCCGAAGAACCAGUCUCCUCAGAUGCUACCUCCGCUCCUCAAGCUGCUAAACCAGAGACAGAAAACAUGUCUGUUUCCAGUUCCACAACAGCCACCCCAGCCCCAAAAGUGAUGGCAGCCAUCAUAGAGGCCUUACGACAGGAGAGCAGGAACAGAUCCUCUACCAGGAUUGCCACCGACCAGGCUGCAGCUGAGAAUCCUCCAGGUAAACAACCAAAAGAUAAGGAGACUCCAGAUGUUCAGGCUGCCCCGGCUCUACCCAGAGUGACCCCAGAGAUCCUGAAGGUGCUGCUGGAGGAAUGCAGGGUCCGGUCCACCAGUAGGGCCGGCGCUGAGCAGGCCAGGAAGGAGCAGGCUCAGGCGCCCCCUGCAGGCCAAAAGCCAUCCACUGGAAACCGAAGAGACCACAGUGGAGACAGGGAGCCUGGAAGAGAGCAGGCCACCAAGAGGAAGACCCGCGAGGAGGAAAGGGAGGAGAGGGAGAGAGCGAGGAGGGAGAGGGAGAGGAGGAUGAAGACCCAAGAGGAGGAGAAGGAGAAAGGAAGGAGGGAGAGAGAGAAGAGGCGGUCCCACAGGGAACGGUCAUCAGGAUCACCGGGGUCCAGGUCCUCUAUGAGGUAUGAGGGGAGCCGGCACAGUGGGAAGAGCGGCGCCAGGUCUGAGUCCAGGAGAGGAAACGGAGAGGAGAAACAGCAGGAAGAGGAGGAGUUAGGUGAGAAGCACGUCCCCUUCGACAUGGAAGACUUUGUGACUGUGGACGAGGUGGGGGAAGCAGCUGCGGUGCCCCUUCUCCCCGAGACAACCACAGAGGUUACAGUUAACGACCCUGUGACCACAGCCUCUGAGGCGGAGCAGCAGGCACCAGCUGACACUACAUCGAUGGAGUUGGAGGGUGAGCCUGGGACAGCCAAGGUACGGGAGGAAGCGCUGGACAAACGAGAACAGAAGGAGGAGGGGUUGUCCCCAGCAACCACAGAGGGUUCGGUGAAGACUGCAGAGGGACCUGGGGACGUGACAGAGGAGACAUUUCCUGACUGUCAGGAUGACAUCAAAGAGCCUGUGGUCACUGUGCCGAAGACAACCUGCGACGAGGUCACUGAGGAGUCCACAACCACAGACUCACCUGGCGCCGCUGGAGAAGAGGAACGGGAUGGACAAGUGGAGGGCCUCAACAUGGGGACGUUUCUGACGGUGGAUGAGGUGGGACAGGUGGAGGAGGACGGGGAGAAGAGGUCUGCUCAGAACGUGGAGUCGAAGCGAAGGAGGACAUCUCAGGAGGAGAGAGAGGAGGAGACGGCGAGGAGGAAGAUGAAGAUGGACCCCCUCUUUUAUAAAGACUACAGCAUCCCUCCCUUCAACCCUGACAGCCCUGUCGGCAUGGAGUUUCUGGUCCCCAAGUCAGGCUUCUUCUGCAAGGUGUGUUCUAAGUUCUAUAGCGGAACUGGCGAGGCUGAGAAGAACCACUGCAAGACCCUCAAACACCAUCAGAACCUGGAGAAAUCCCUGGAGAAGUGGAGAGUGAAGAAAGACUGACUCCAUGAUGAGCUGAAGAGUUAAAUAUUGACUGUCUGUGUCCCAACCACGGACUGAUUCAUUCCUGUCUUAACUCUUUUCUCACUUCCUUGUUUUUGUUUUUCUUCCCCAUGGGUCCAAUCUCACUCACUCACUCACUCACUCACUCACUCACUCACUCACUCACUCACAUUUAUAACUGUUUCUUUUUGUUAGUUAUUUUCCCACGAUAUAGAAGAGAAGUGACUCAAUAGGGAGAAAUUAAAGUAGAAACCAGUGUACAAUGAAAAUAAAGUGUUUUAUUCAA